AUGCACCUGCUCGUCAGCUGCCUAGCGGCCGUAUUCUUCUUCCUCCACAUCGACGUCGAGCCGGCGGCGUACGCCACGCCGGGCACGUUCCUCUACGCAGGGUGCUCGCCGUCCAGGUACGCGCCCAACACGGCCUUCGAGAGCAACCUCAACUCCCUCCUGGCAUCCAUGGCCUCCACCGCGUCCUCCGGCGCCACCUACAGCAGCUUCACCUACGGCCUGUACCAGUGCCGCGGCGACCUGCGCCCGGGCGAGUGCGAGGCGUGCGUGCGCGACACGGUGGCGCGGCUCGGCGCGGUGUGCGCCGGCGCGACCGCGGCGUCGCUGCAGUCGGACGGGUGCUACGUGCGGUACGGCGCCGCCCGCGCCCGCCGCGCCCUCGCCGACACCUCCGUGGCGUACCACAGGUGCAGCGCCGGCACGAGCGGGGACGCCUGGUUCCUGAGGUCCCGCGACGCCGUCCUGUCGGAGCUGCAGCAGGGCGUGGACGACGCCACCGCGGCGGCCUCGGGCUCGGGCAGGUACAAGGUGAGCGCCUCGGGCCCCGUGCAGGGCGUCGCGCAGUGCCUCGGCUGCGUCGCGGAGGCCGACUGCACCUCGUGCCUGGCGCAGGCCGUGGCGCAGGUCCACGGCACCUGCGGCGCCGCGCCCGCCGCCGACGUGUACCUGGUGCAGUGCUCCGUGAGGUACUGGACCAACGCCAACUACGUCCGAUCGUCGCAAGGUAAUCCUGAGGAUGACGCUGGGAGGACCGUGGCGAUAGCAAUCGGUAUCUCGGCGGGGGUAGCAGCACUCGUGGUGUUCAUCUCUUUCCUCAGAAAAGCAUGUGAGCCCCCAGUCUGGUUCAAUUAA